AUGGCUGCUGGGACGACCACCGCCGCAUUGCGAGGCGAUGAUGCCGAAGCCUCAGGGCAAGACUUCUAUAUUCAUGGAUACUCGCCGGAAGAACAAAAGCGGCUCUUGGAGCAGGCGGAGUACUGGGGCCCGUCGAUCCUCGCAGGGCUUCCGCGCACGAGACCGGGUGAACUGCUGUUCGAGGUCGGCGUCGGAGUCGGGGCGGUGCUCAAGCUGAUCGCGUCGGCCAGGCCGGACCUGCGGCUCGCUGGCAUCGACCUCGAGCCGCGGCAGGUCGACGCGGCGCGGCGCACGCUCGCGCAAGCCGGCGUGUGCGACCGAGCGCAGGGCGGGAACGCAAUCGUGGUGGGUCAAGCGGAGCGCCUUCCGCUUUCCGACAGCUCCGUGGACCACUGCGUCAUGGUGUGGCUCCUUGAACACGUGGCGGACCCGCUGCAGGCGCUCAGGGAGGCGUGGCGAGUACUGAAGCCCGGGGGCACACUGUACGCGGUUGAAACGGACUACACGACGCUUGUAGCUUUCCCCGACCCAUCGGGGGCGUUUGCCGACCUGAGGGACACGUUCGUCAAGCGGUUCGAUCGCGAUGGACGCGCCGUCUGCGGCCCGAACGUCGGGGGCUGGAUGUCCGAGGCUGGGUUCGUCGGAGUGCGAUCUGACGAGGUGCGGUCGGGCGUGUGGAGCGUUGCGGAGCAGGCGCCCGGGGCCGUGUUGUCGCACGCGAACUACUUCCUCCGGUUCAUCGAGCCUGAGUUCGAUGCGAUGCUGCGGGAAACGCCGUCCAUCUCCCGGGGACGCCUCGAGGAAGGCGCGGCCGCGAUGCGCAGCGCAGCCACGCACCGCGACGGGCUGGUGGGCAUCCACAUCUGGCGAGUGGUGGGCGAAAAGCCCCAGUGA